GCCCACCCAACAGCCACCCCCUCCUCCUGACAGCUCACGUGACCCGAGAAGUGACGUAAGAGGAAGAAGUCGCCAUUAGAGGGAGGCGGAUAGACGGUUGCCAGAGUCCUUGGUCUGUCACUAGCGCUCUGUCACCCCUCCCCCCCUUUCCCCGUACCGGCCUCGGGAGCCCGGAGCUGCGUGUGGGCCUAGAUUGCGGCCUGGGUUCCCAGCUCCAGCAGUCUCCAUGGCGGCAGGAGGAGCGGCGGCGGCGGCCGGGGCUAGCAGGACCUACUCGUUCAAGGUGGUGCUGCUCGGGGAGGGCUGUGUGGGCAAGACCUCGCUGGUCCUGCGCUACUGCGAGAACAAGUUCAACGACAAGCACAUCACUACCCUGCAGGUGGGACCUGGCUGCUGUGUGUGUGAGAGAGCAACUACAACUCCCACAAUGCUCUGCCAGCCACAGCACUGCCAGAGCAUCAUGGGACUUGUAGUCCUAGAACUGCUGGGAUUUUCCAUCCUUGAGGAUGUAGAGUAUAGCAAGAGUGGCCUAAGGUAGACAAAUCCCAGUGUGUUGUAAAACUAUUUAUCCCUUUUAUGUUUCUUUAAGAUGGCAAAGCAUCAUGGGAGUAGUAGUUCUUCAGCAGGUGGUGGUCCAUAAUAUAUAUAUUUUUUUUAAUUUGGCUAUUUAGAGCAGGGGUCCUCAAACUGUGCUGAACUACAACUCCCAUGAUUCUUUGAAUUACAUAGAUAGCCAGAGAAGCAUGGGAGUUGUAGCUCAGCAACAUGGAGGGGGGAGUUUGAGGACCCCUGAUCUAGAGCCUGGCGUACCAGGCAUGUGUGUGAGUGCACAUGAGAACACGUGACUUCCUCAGAGUUUCCAGGAACACUCACACUUGUAGUGCAUGUGGUCCUCCUGUUGCAGUCUGUUUUUGCAGGUUGGCAGAGCAUCCUGGGUAACUUAGUCCAUAAUAAAUGUAGUGCUGAAAGUUACUACCAGUCCCUGUUUCACAGAUACCAGCCCAAGUGGUCCCUGUAAGAAUAAUAUUCUGCUUGCAAAUAGAGCUGUUCAUGUAAUGAUCUUAUCUGUUCACUGACACUUACCCAUUGAAAAGGCUUGUGUGUUUUUUUUUUUUUUAAUUUUUUUUCUUCCUCAAUCUAUUUCUAUAGAUUUUCUACAAAGUGCUCAUUCUCCUGUUUUGUUUCAUAUUCCAUUUCUGUCAAUUUGUGCAUAAAGCAUUUUGUCCACUAAUACGUUUGGAGAGUGUGCAGGUCAAAUAUCACUGCAAUACAAUACUGGAAUUAUUUUGCUUAAGCGAAGAUUAGAAGUGUAUAUAACAGCUGUAAUUUGUUUUGUAUAAAAACUUUACAGAAGUCUAACUUCAUAUAAUGUGAACCCGUGAUGUGGAUGUAAAGUUCAUCUUCAGUUUUAUGUAUAUAUUUUUUUUUUUUUUUUUGUACUUUGACCCCUUUAGAUAAUGCAUUUAAAUAAAUUACAUUCUCUCUAAAAUCUCUUGCAGUUUCUAUAGUGCGCUUUCCACACACUAGAAUGACUGAAUCUAGUCAGAGUAUUCUAUAUCUCAUAAACUCAAGGGCUAAUGGGAUUAUAGUGUAUCUAUUGAAACCUUUUAUAGACCUAGACAACCAGAAUGACUUAGUGUACACAGCAGUCUUUUACAUCGUCAGAUAAGAGACCGCAUCUAUUCGCAAUGAAGUGGUUUUGGUGCUUAGUGUUCCUUUUUUUUAAAAAGCAACUAUUUUUUUGACUCACCCCUUACUCGUAUGUCCAUUAUUACACUUUUUGUUUCUGAUAUCCUUGGGUGUUAUGCUACUUUGCACAGCUGUGCCUCAGGCUGCUUUCUCCCUAACCCAGAAAUAUUUCUAGGGCUGCACUGGUAUUGGGUGCAUUUUCUCGUAUUCGUAUCAAACUUUCUUAGUCUCCAAUUCUCUAGGAACUCGGAAAAAUCUCAUUUAUGGAAGCAUGGCAGCUAACCAAGUAAUUGAAAUUGCUACAACAUCCCUGAGGCAUCUCGCCACAAACAAGGUUUACUGAACUGAAUUGUUAAGAAUUCACUAUAGAGUUACAAAUUGUAGAAUGUUUCCCCAUUGGUUGUCGUGGUCUGUUGAUCAACCUAUUGCUUUCAGUUAGAAGCUGAAAUGCUUUACAACAGUUUUCUGUUCGCUUGUUAAGGUAGCCACCUCACUUUUUCCUGUAGAAAUCAUAAUUUUUUUUUUUUUUUUUUAAAUGGUACUUGCUUCUGCACCAGUGCCUAGAUUCCUUCAGUGCUGCCAGCAGCUCCGGCUGAUGAGAGGAGCAUUGGCAACUACGUGGUGGGCACGCAUCCAAAUGCUUCACAUAGGAAACCAUUGAAGUCAAUGCUUUUCUAAGAGCGUCUGCAUCAUGUGACCGUUUUACUUGGUCCGUGCAGCUAAAGCGCCUCUAAUGGCUGCCAGGAACACGACGACUAGAGGUGGAUUUAAAGCAUCACUGUCACCCUCUGGGGACUUUGCAUAACUUACAAAGUCCCUCAACAGUUACCUCUCCUCUGGCGGCAGAGGAGGAGAACAGGCAAAAGAUAAAAUUUACUUACCUGAUCAUGUCCCUCGCUGGCACCUUUAUCUUCCGGCUGGUCCUUGUGCGCCAUGAGCUGACGUCACUGCUGUACUCUCAUGCCUGCACUGGAGUACUAUAUGGAGGAACCAUAGAGACCUUGGGAUCUUCCAUAUAUACAGCUAAUAUCCAACAUGUCUUUAGUGACUGCUUCGAGAUUGACACUUCUAGAUGCCCAGUGUCUAGAAGUAUUAGGCUUAGGAAAAAUACUGAGACAAAGUAGUUCCUACUUUGUCUCCAUAUAUCUUUUGCCUGAGUUGGAAUUUCAGCCAGUGUGAGUAUUAAAUAAAGAUUUUAUUUUUAUGAAAUACUAAUUUUGCAUGGAUGGGGUGAGUGGGACCGACAGUGCUGCUGUACCCGGCAGUGUAAACAUUGUGGUUUUAAGGAAACUACAAUGUUGUCAAGGUUCAAUGAAAGGAUCACUGCACCCAGACCACUUCAUUGAGUUGAAAGUGUCUUGGUGACUUUAGUGGUCUAUUUAACUACUUGCCACCACUAACGCACGAAGCUGCUGCCCAGACCCUGUUGUAAAAAGCUCUGAAUGAUCCUGUGAUAAACACUUGGGUGGGCAGUGCUGAAUGAUUAAUAUACAAAAAUAAGUCCUGCGCUCAAACUCCUACAACUCCUGCUGAAUGACCGCACAUAUAGCUGCGGGAAGACAGAGCAUGGAGAGACACUUUUGCUAGCACAGUAUAGAUCAUUUUACAACUCUUCUGAAAACUGCUGCUCAUUCUACAUUUUAUACUUAAAGUGGCUCUGUCACCUCAAACAUACCUUACUCAUAUUGUUUCUUUUUCUCUUUCGGAGUGCUUUUCUUCAUUUCUGAACCAGUUCUCUUCAAAACAUAAGACAAAGUAGGGUACUAAUUUGUCUUAUUGUGAUGUAGUUCAGAAAUGGUGAAAAUUAAUCCUGUGAGAAGAAACAAUGCGUAAGGUAAGUUUGAGGUGACUUUAAAUAUACAUAUUUGGGUGAUUGUGAUAUUGCCAAGUCGCAAGUGGGGAACUCUGCCAUGAGGUGCUUUAAUGGUUUUUAUUUUAUUUUUGUCAGAUGGUUUGGCACGGAACCCAUGCAUUCUCACCCAAAUUCAUCUUCCUAAUAUUAGGUACUUGUAGACACAAGGAGGUAAUUAUUUUUUCAUCCUUUUUAGAUGUUCUGCUAAUUUUCCAAAUCAUAAGUAAUGUAGGCAUUUUUUAUUUUUUUUAAAGAAGGUUGCUUUCAGUUUCAAACGUAAUCUGUUUAUUAGGAGACCUCCGUAAAGCAGCAGGAACCUCGCUGCACAACUUCCUGUCUAGCAUCCUACAAUGUGCCUCAAGUUUCUACUGUUUUUUUUUUUUUUUUCCUCCCCUUGCUAUUGGCUGCCCUGACCUAGUCUUGGUGAGAGUAUCUGUCAGCUAUUGAUUCAAUGGCUGUCUUGCACAGAUCUGUAAAUAUAACCUGAGACAUUGCAUGAUUGUAAACAAUAAUGUAGUGGACUCUAUUGCUCAGUGGUUAGUUUCAAACAUGAAAGAUGUUCUUUUUGUUAUGCUUGCGUGACUUACAGUUUACCUAAAAGAUUGUUCAAAGUGUGGCUUAAUAAUGUAUUAUCCAAGUAUACUAUAAGGUUUCACCAUUUUUUGCUUGGGGUAGCUUUGCUUUGACUCCAUCCCCUGUGGUUCUUAAAUUUUGUGUUUGGGUAACAAUCAGUGAGAAAAUCAACCAACAGAGGCUACAUUAACAGUUUUCUUCUGUGUACUAGAACUUUGGUAUUCUAAGUAAACAGACAGGAACAACUCAGAAAAAAGCACCAAUUGAUAACCAGUAACAUGCAUUUGGUUCCUGCAGUUUGCCGGGAGCUGCUAUGAUAAAUAAGCAGAUGUUACAUUUAUCAUGCAUUUUUUUUGGAUUGGAGCAGCAUAUCUUGGUGCAAGAUUUUCCUUACUGAAUAUGCUAAUAAGUGCAGCUUUAGUAGUACCAAUCUAUGCAUAAUGGACAGUUUUUGAAACUGGAGAUUCACCCCCCCCCCACCCCUCCUUCAUCCUACAACAUUUGUAGUUUCAUUGGUCCUACACUUUAAGAUGCCAUCCUUGCGCAGAGCAAUCCAUUUGAGAUUUGUUGGACAUUCACACACUGGCUGGCAAUUUCUGUAAUCUUCCCAUGUUCAAUAACUGAGGAAAAAAACUUUUUGACUAUUGGAAUAUUCAUGUUCUUGCAAUCAAAAUACAUUUUUUUUUUUUUUUUAAACCAAUUGUUGUAGUCAUUGAGGUUUUUAAGGAAAAACUUUUUAUUUAUUUUUUUUUAAAUUCUUCCAGGAGAUGUAAGACGGGAAGUGAACUUUUGCAAACAGAGGGGAUUUUCUAGAAAAACAACUUUUUUGAAAUUCAAAAAAUUCCAUCAGUUUGCAUGCCAUUUUUUGUACAUUUUAGAAGCUGCUUUUCUUAAUAGUCUAGCUAACUCAGAGUUAAGGUGACUGUCUUCCUGUGCUAGCCAUCUGUUAUCUAAACGUUUUAAAGUACUCAUUAUUUCACUUGGAUUUGGAUCCAACUUUUACAAUCCAAUGAGGAUAUCAUUUGUAACGAAUAACCAAAAAAAAUAAAAAAAAAUACAAGAUGAUGGUUUUCAUAAGCUUAUGGAAAAAAUAUAAAGGUGCGAUGCCCAACAGCUAAGGGGAUCUGUUUUCCUUAGGGUUAGUUAGCAAGCUUUAGUGGUUUUGGUGCCAGGAUUGCCCUGUUGCAAUAUAGUGUGAAGUAGUCUGGUUUUGAAUGCUUUGACUUCUUAGCUGGGGUCUGACAUGAGAGUGCUGGAUUUUCCAACAGCUCAUUGGAUGAAAGCAUCGGCUGGGAGCAGAGCAUUGCAGAUACCAGGUAAUGUGAUUUGACUACUUACCAUGGGUUGACCAGGGCACUCCUGGCACCCCAACCAUCCCAGGAGACUCUAGUGGCUAUGGUGCUUUGAGUGUUCAUUAAUAGGAACACUCCAAGCAUCAUAACAAUUACAAGUUCUCCAAACACCUAGCAAAGGUAUAAAUGUGUGGAGUAUUACGGUACUCUGGAAAUAGAGCAUAAUACAAACCUGGAGUCUUGGAGGCAGUAGAACACACAAGUCCUGUGAAACUUGCCAUUAGAGGAACACUAUGCACUAUAACCACCACACUAGUUGCAUGAUCUGUGUAGAAAUAGAGAUGCCGGGUGGGACCAUUGUACAGUUAAACAAAGUAUGAAGUUACAGUAGAAUGCGCACACAUAGAGGCCUUUUUUGGCAGCAUUGUCAAGAAUGCAGCAUUUUGGAAAAUUCUCGGUCACUUAGAGGUGAUUAUGUACCUUCUGACAUAAUAUAAGAUUUGUGUCAAAUGCUGAUCAAUCUGUAUUUGUUUAUAACCUUCAUACUUUAAUACAUGACAAUUGCCUGUAGAUAGAAGCCAGCCAACCGCUAUUGCUCAUGUACAGAUCACAGCUAAAAAUAUUUAUGGGCAUAAAUAUAUAGGAAGGAGGGAUUAAGGGCUGGGGGGUGCCUUUUCUCUCGUGUUCAUGGAAGCAGUAUAACAGGAAAUAAAGGGUGGCAUUACUUCUCAACUACUGUUGUCAUGUACACAAUUGAUACUCAAAUUUUCACUUCAGUUUUCCCUCCUAAGCAAGGUACUAAAUCUCACUAUGUCAUAACUUUUUUUUUUUUGAUUAUAUAUUUGUGACAGUCUUGUCAAAAAUAUAACGUACAGUACAGGUGGUGCAAAAACACAAAGCAUACACUAACGUGUGUACAUACAGUUUACGGUUGGCUUGAACGUUGAAGAAUGUUGCUGUCUGUUUCCCUGUAGGGGAGUUAGACACCCUUUCCAUUUUCCAUGGACACCUGUCUUUCCUUUGGAUCCUAUCGUAUGCGAAUAUAAGUUACUGUUCCCAUUGUCCCGUCCAGGCAGUAGCUAGAAGAAAGUCAGAGAGAGCAGAAAAGAAAAUGAAGUAAAGGAGAAGGGAGUCCGGGUCGGCAGGGAUAGGCCUCUUCAGGUCAGCCACUGUGCGUACCUACGAUUUUGGGGUUACCUUGCUGGAUGUUGACUUUUUUUAUUUUGGGAAAACAAAUGGUUAUCUUUUAUUUAUAUGUACCAAUUUACAGGCAAUGAAUUGACAAAUGAUAGUAUGGUGAAUUUACAUUAAUCCAAAAGAAAUACUUGAGCUUAAAAUUCUAAAAUACGAAGUCUGCCAAAAGCUAAAUGUGGUCAUAAGAUCAAUUAUAAACCUUGAAGUUUAUACAGAUUGAUAUGCUUGUGAUACCAAUGAUUACAAUUUUUUUGUUUUUAUAAAUGAUCUCCUGUAUAUUUCGUGAUUUUUAAAAAUAUAGUGAAGAUUAGUCACUGGCAUUAAUUCAGGAAAAAUGAAGAGACCGCAAGUCACAAGGCGUUCAUAAGAUGUUACUACCAAAAAAGGGUGUUUCUCUCCAUUUUAAACACAUUGGUCAGCAAUUUAUUUUAAUUUUAGACUUUUUGAGAUAGAUACGUUGCUAUUCGCUUAAGUCAGUAUUUCAGUAAAUCAUAGUGAAUAUCCUAAUUUUAGACCAAAAUAGGAGGAGACUUGGAUAAUGGUUCCAAUUAGUCUGCUUUGGCCUUGAAUUUGCAUUUCACUUGAAAUUUACUUUGAAUUCCCUACAGUGCUGACUUUAUUAUAAUUUAAACGAGUUCAGUGCCGUUGUUGUUGUUAACUAAACUGCAAAGCAAGUUUAGAGAAAUGAGAAACAAAUGAAAGUCAAAUUAUACAAUCAUGACAAACUGUUUAAUUUCUCCUCCUCUGUUAAUUUGCAGUAGAGAUCACAUUGCUGGAAUACCACUUACAUGACCGAUUUGAUUAACACGAUGCCAUCAGAUUGCACCUUAUGUCUGGAAUGUAAAGACAAACUUCCAUGUGUUAUUGUUUUCUUUUAUUAGUGGACGAAAGUAUUGGAUCUUUUACCUGGGUCAUCAUGUAUGCACUUCUUGGAUAAUCCUUCUGUUAGUUCACAAAACUGUCGGUACCCUGUUUAAAUUUAAAUGGAUGUAGCCAGAACAGAUCAUCCAGGCUGGAUUGCAGUUGGUUUUGUUUGUGUGUGGUUUCUUUUUAUUUGUUGUUUGCAAUAAUUUAGAGACCAUAAAUGCAGUUUUUAUGGGUAACCAGGGUUUGGUUGCACUGAAUUCCCGUUCACCAUUUGGUUACCUAAGAAUUGACAGAGGCUCAGUAACUUCAUUUUGUAAGUGCCAAAAUGAUCCAUGCGUUUUGAAAAUGGUUUGGGUAAAACAGUUGUAAGAAAUUACGACCCUCUGCUCUUACAAGGAUAUUCUUUUAGGGAAUCGGUGACAAAUAAGACACAAACACAAGUGUAUAAUAAAAUGUAUUGUUAAUAUUGAUUUAGGAUACUGUUACAGCUUUUAGGAUAUACACAAUACACAUAACCACAUCCAGUCCAAAACCAAAAGAUACAUAGUAAAAGGGCAAUGCAUAUACAUUUAAAUGAAGAUUUUCCCCUUGCGCCUUCAUGUUUGUUAGUCUGAGAGAGUCACUCUCAGUUCAUCAUGGCACAACAGCUUGCUGCGCUGUCCUCCCCAAGAGAGUGACCUCUUUGGCUGUUGUCCUUUUUAAAGACUGAUUCUUGCUGUCAUUAACUACAAGUCCCAGAAUUAAUUUUCCCUCCCAAAAGUGGCUUAUCCUGCCCUCUUUUCACAGAGUUCCAUCUUUACACAAGUCCUUUUCUUUGAUCUCUUCCCUCCGGUUACACUACAACACUGUGUAAAAAGUGACCAGUUAGGGUUGGUUUCUGGGUAGAUUGGAUAGGAUGGCUUGGUUUAAAACAAACUUCAUGGUUAUACCUAGAUGUUAAUUACUCUGAUCUUCUGAUCUCCUGAUAACAUGACCCUUGAAACCUUUAUAGUAAAGAUUUGUACCCAUUGAUGACAACCUCCGUUAAAAUGUAAAUGGAAUUCCAUUGUGAAACCAGAUAGCUUGUUACACAACUGACCUUCACAAAGCAUAUGUCAAUAUAUUAAAAUAAAAAAAUAUAAUUUUUAAAGGAACCCCAUUUCUUACACAGUGACUGACCACUCCAUUUGAACAGUAAGAAGAUAUCAGAUGCUCCUUAACCAUCUAUAGCACUGCUCCGCUUAUCCUGUAGGCAAGAUUUUCUUAGGAUGCAAAGACCCCACAUAUGGACUUCCACCAUAACCACUAAUCUCUGCAGUAAUGGUUAUGAUACCCCCCUUACACACACACUGGUCCAACUGUUUGCUGAUGAUUGGCAGCAUACUUGGAACCACUAGGGCCCAGAUAACCUCUGGUGCAGGACUUGCAUUAUUGGCUGAGAGCGAUCAUCUGACACUCUUAGCCAAUGAGCUAGCCCUUCGGAGAUCUGGCUCUCAUGGGAAAUUGACCUGCAUCUAGCAGACCCCAGGUAAGCUGUGUGUGUGUGUAUUUAUAUUUUUUGGCAACUGUUUUUGGGGGUGGGGUUGCCAGGACAAUCCUGGCACUCUAUAGUGGUUAUGGUGCUCUGAGUGUUGCAUUUAGAGAUUUUUGAACUCUCAGACAUUAAAGUUUCCCAUUCCUUAUGUUUAGAUCUUUAUAUGCAAUUUUCAACAUGACUUCUUACUGAAUUAACACUUUGUUGCUUCCCCCUAUGGCAAAGUAGGUAGAACUCAAAAUAUCAUGAUGUAUGCUAUAAAUAAAAAAAAUUCUGUUUUAAAUAGAGGGACAGUGCUUUUUCUAAUUGCUGUUUGUAUAUAAUGCCUAAUGAGCGUGUGUAACGUGACAGAUAUUUAUAUUUCUUUAUAUUGUCCUUACCCUAAAAAUGUAGGUGAGGAUUGUGCAAUCUAGAUGGGUUUGGUUGUGAAACCUUCUUGUAAAGUAUUAAUGUUUGUGGUUUUUUUUUUUUUUUUAUCUGUGGUUUAAAAAAAAUAAUUUGUAUUUUUUUUAUUUUUCCCCAGGCAUCAUUUUUAACAAAGAAAUUAAACAUUGGUGGAAAAAGAGUGAAUCUUGCAAUAUGGGUAUGUUUAUCAUUAAGCAUCUAAUAUGUGCCUUCAUAUUUUUGCCUUGAAUGAGAAGACAGAAUAUAAAAUCCUGCAAGAGGAAGUGAUGCUAGGGUUGAAUUAGUGUAAACCUAAAAGAAAUAUAAACUGCUUUAAAAAAAACAAAAAACUUGUCCACCCCACGAAAAAAAAACCCCCACCAGAAUAGAAUGAACUGAAGCGAAUGACCAUCAUGUGAAGUCACACGGAGUGAAUUUUUUUUAAAUUUUUAUUUUUUAUUUUUCUCACUCCAUUGUGUGAACAUAGAAUGUGACGGCAGAUAAGAACCGCCCAUCUAGUCUGCCCAAUUUUCUAAAUGCUUUCAUUAUUAUUAGUCCCUGGCCUUAUCCCUAUUGCUAGGAUAGCCUUAUGUCUAUCCCCGCAUGCUUAAACUCCUCCACGGUGUUAACCUCUACCACUUCAGCUGGAAGGCUAUUUCAUUCAUCCACUACCCUCUGAGUAAAGUAAUACUUCCUGAUAUUUAUUUUUAAAUCUUUGCCCCUCUAAUUUUAAGACUGUCCUCUUGUUGUGGUAGUUUUUCUUCUUUUAAAUAUAGUCUCCUCUUUUACUGUGUUGAUUCCUUUUAUGUAUUUAAAUGUUUCUAUCAUAUCCCCCUGUCUCGUCUUUCCUCCAAGCUAUAUAUGUUAAGAUCCUUUAACCUUUCCUGGUAAUGUUUAUCCUGCAAUCCAUGAACCAGUUUAGUAGCCCUUCUCUGAACCCUCUCUAAGGUAUCAAUAUCCUUCUGAAGAUACAGUCUCCAGUACUGUGUACAAUACUCCAAGUGAGGUCUCACCAGUGUUCUGUACAAUGGCAUGAGCACUUACCUCUUUCUACUGCUAAUACCUCUCCCUAUACAACUAAGCAUUCUGCUAGCAUUUCCUGCUGCUCUAUUACAUUGUCUGCCUACCUUUUUAAGUCAACUGGUACCCAGUCCGAGGCUUACUGACUGAUGCCGUGGACUGCAAUGGAAGUUAAGGGGCAAAGCUGACGGCACCGGGCUAAAGACGAAAGUUGAACGGUUUAACCGUUUCAGUUAAGCCGGGACCUUCUCACACCAUAACAAGUUCUCUCAGAUGAAGUUGUUAUGGUGCCCAGAGUAUUCUUUUAACCGUUUCAUAACUAGUGUCUACCACAAAAAAUGCUCUCUCUCCACUAAUAGUCCUACUUUUCAUUUGUAGCAAUCCAUAGUGAAUGGGUAACUUGUCUCUUUAUUCAGAGUGUGCCUCUGUCUAAUGCUCCCCAAAACCUUAAACAUUGUGUGAGUGAAGCAUGCGUCAAGGUUAAUGGAGUCAAUGUGCGUUUCCUUAAUAUUUCCUCCAAUCCUCCUUCACCCAAGUUAAAAAAACAAAAAAGACAGACUUGGUGCUGCUUCAUCACUGUAUGAAACUGUGUUGAAGGGGUUAAUAAUGUAUUUGCCAUUCCGUGAUGGUGAGUGAUAGACAACUGCCUUCAUUGACCUCUGAUUAAAUAAUAAUUUGCUAGAUUUGUUUGUACUUAUUUUAUCACCAAAACUCUCACAUUUAAAUUGAGGAAACAUUCCAUGAACAAUAUCUGGUCAUACUUUCGUCUUCUUUCUUACUCAGGAUACUGCAGGGCAAGAAAGAUUCCAUGCGCUCGGUCCCAUCUACUACAGAGACUCUAAUGGAGCUAUUUUAGUAUAUGACAUUACAGAUGAGGAUUCGUUCCAGAAGGUAAGCUUGCCAUGUCACCAUGUCUCAUACUGUGCUCUUUAACCAUUAUUUUGGUUUCCAGCCAGUCCUUAUCACCUAACUACUCAACACCUCUAAAUGUGUUCUGCAGAGUCAUUCUCUUUAGAUUCUUAUUUUCAUGCUGUGUCUUUGUCUCUGUAAAUAGACGCUCUUCAUUGGUUCUCACUUAGGUUGUCUCACGUGAAAGGUAGUAACAUGACUGACCCAAAUAUAAACUUGGAAAGUCAAUGUUUGUAAGCUUGUGACCAUUCCAUUAGUGCAACAGCAUGUGAUAACUGAAUCCUAUUAAUGCAAAAGUUACACUCUCAGCACCAACUCAUAAAUGCAGGUAAUAGGUUUUGGUCUUAUUAAUAUGCGGUGUAAUUUUUUUUUGUUUUUGUUUUUUUUCCCCCCAUACUCAUUUUUACGGUUUUGCACAAAAAAGUUUUCAGAAUGCUACUGGCACCAUAAGGCACCUUAGCUACACCCUCUCAUGUCAGGCUACUUAUCAAAUGUAUGCAUGCAGCACGGUUCCUUAAUCCAAACUAAAAACCAUGUUUUAAAGAAUAAAAAACAAACAAGCACUCUUUUUGGGCCAUAGUAAUCCUUACUGAACUGGUCAGCUCUCUCUCCUCCCCCCUGCCUAAAUCCCAAAACUGGAGGAAAUAAAAAUUGAACACUUAUCACCUUUCUAUCACUGAGGCAAAGUUCUCCUGGCAACCCGAUCUUCACCCCAAUUACAUCACUCCCCUUAGCUGAAAGGGGAGGACAUAGAGUGCAUGGAGGCUGACACCAUUGGACGUUUGUCGCCAGCAGGCGACUUGCUGACAAAUGUAUAAACGCACAGAGCUGACCUAAGCCAGGCUAGAAUUCUUGGUGCUAAUGAUCCACCAAUGCCCCUGCUGGAGGUGAUGUCACACUUGUGUGCUGUGUUUCAGAAACGCUCAAGUGGUAGCUUUAGUGGAAUCACUAAAGUGGUCAUGGUGCUUGAAGUAACACAUUAAAUUACUAGUCAUGCUAACAUUGCAGCACAUAGUAAAAAAGGGACAGUGCACCCAGACCACUUCAGUGAGCUAAAGUGGUCUGGGUGCCUACUGUGUCCCUUUAAAUUGAACCACAAAUGUCGGUGAGUAAUAUAUAACAAAGACCUGUAAUUUUGUAUACUUGUUUUAUAGAAUCAAAUUUGAGGUGAUCAAGUGUAUUCCGCAGCCUUUUUGUUAAGCUCAAUAACUGUAUAGUUUAAACUGCCAUAUACAUAUGACAUUCCAUGGAUACUGAACAAAAGUUGUACGUACACUACAAAAUAAGAUGGAUAUUUUGGUGUUUGUUUUUUGUGUGUGUAUAUUUCUAAAUUUCUCUUGUUUUAAGGAGACUAUAAUUAUUUACUCUGCCCCCAGGUUAAAAAUUGGGUGAAGGAACUCAGAAAAAUGCUGGGAAAUGAAAUCUGUUUGUGUAUAGUAGGUAGGUUACUUAGACGCCAUACAAAAUGGUAAUUCUGUGUAUUGCGUGGUUUUCUAACUUGGCCUUGCUAAUUAACGGCUGUUUCUAACAGGUAACAAAGUAGACUUGGAAAAAGAGAGGCAUGUCUCCAUUCAAGAAGCAGAAGCGUAAGUUGUUGUGUAGUUGUUUGUAGCUCAAGGAUAUAGACUGGAUGUUAUUUUCUAAAAUAUUCCAAUUCUUUUUAAAGGUAUGCUGAAUCUGUGGGAGCAAAGCACUAUCACACUUCAGCUAAACAGAAUAAAGGAAUUGAAGAACUAUUCCUUGAUCUUUGUAAAAGUAAGUCAAAUCUGUAUAUUUAAAAUUAUAUUCUUUAUUUUAGUUGUGCAUAGAUAAUACAGACAGGCUUGCAUUGCUACAUCAGCUGGUGCAGACAUUUCAGCUGACAUAGAGAAACUGUUGCGUGGCCUUCGAUAACAUUGCACAUUUUCAUGGAAUAAGACAGAGUAAGAUUAAAGUAAUAAUAACAAGAUGGCUAGCCUGUCAGUCGCAUAGGAAGGUAGACUUCGAGACAAGUCAUGAUAAACAUACUGACUUUAUGGAGCAUAAGAAAUCAAACUUAGCUAAUGGGGACUUUUCCAAUUUGCCACUUUGUAUAUAAACAAGACCUGAAAUGUCACGGUCUCCUCCGUGGUUUCUGAUUUGUGCUGCAGCCGGUAGCGGGCUGCAGAUCAAACUGUCUGAUGUUUGUACAGGAAUCGCCUGCUCUUUGCACCGUGAGAGUCGCCGUCCUGUGCCGGGAGUGUUGAGGCAAUACCCUUUGUGAGCAAUCACUUGUGGCAGAGCAGCUUGGCGUUCUCAGAGUGCCAGCAUUCUCCAGAAGGCCGUAAAUAUGUUAUCCAGCCUUGGCACGAUGUCUGUCAGCCCACCACAGCAACCGGGAGAGCACAUGGCGUCCACCGUGAUGCUUAUCUCAGAGUCAGUGGUUGCUCCACAGGAGUGGACAUGGACCACCCGGCUCGACUGUGAGGAGAGCGGCCGUCUCUCCCCAACUUCGUCACCUGCAGGCUGCGGGAAGCCACCUCAGACUCAGUGUCGAAAUCGCUUGGUAAAGGUAUCAAGAUGUUCAUCAGGGCAUCCCCAGUUUGGGUAGCACCGUGUGGCGUCGAUCCCUGCUUGUUUUCUGCAAAUAUUUCCCUGUUAAGCAGGAACCCCUGUAUCGUGCGACUAUUUAGUUUGCUGGUCAGACUCCGCCCCCCAAGUCAAAUCAUUUAAAAAAAAUUUUUUGUUUUUACCUUUUAUAAAUUGUAAUGGCAUCUUAUAGUGUAUACAGAGUUUUCCAUUUGUUGAUUACAAUAUUCUGUUAUCCUGAACCUAGUGGUGGAAUUGUCUUGUAAAAAGGGUAGGUUGGAGAGGGCACAUUAUGCAUCCUCAAAGCCAUUUGGCCAAUUGUCAAAUGCUGCAACUCUGGAGCAAAGCAGUUGGCAUGGUUUGUAAAUAUCUGAUGUUAAAGGGAACCUCUGUGCACCACAACAUCUUAAAGGGACACUCCAGGCACCCAGACCACUUCUGCCCAUUGGAGUGGUCUGGGUGCCAACUCCCACUACCCUUAACCCUGCAACUGUAAUUAUUGCAGUUUUUUAUCAACUGCAAAAAUUACCUUGCAGGGUUAACUCCAUCUCUAGUGGCUGUCUAGUAGACAGCCACUAGAGGGCACUUCCUCCUUCAUAGCACAGAAAACCUGUGCUAGAGCGUCGCUGUGUGAGGACCUCCAGCGUCGCUCAUUUCCCCAUUGAAAAGCAUUUUCAAUGCUUUCCUAUGGGGAGCGCUUAUGCGCGGCAUUAGGUCUCCCCAGCCGGUGGGCGGGAUCAGUCUCGCCCACAUGCCGACGUAAUGACAGGGAGGAGCGGCGGCGGAGGAAGAAGCAGCGACGUGGGACUUCGUUGCUGCCUCUGGUAAGUUACUGAAGGGGUUUUCACCCCUUCAGCAACCGGGGAUUGGGGGGUGGGAGGGAGAGAUUGUUUUCAUGGCACUGGAGUUUCCCUUUAAUCCGAAUCAAGUGGAUGCCUUAAAGGGACACUGACUUUGUAUCGAGAGUUACAUCAAUUGGCUAAAUUGUGAACCUGUAUAAAUAUUUUGCCACUGUAAUGUAAGGUGUAAUAUUUAUGGUGCGUGUACUAUCCCUGUUUGUUAGUGCAACUUACCUCUUUCCAAAAAAAAAAAAAAACCAACCCUCAUCUGCGUCUAUUGUAUUUGGAAUCCUUUUUCAUCUAAUAUGGAAUGUUACUUUCAAUCUCCUAUAGUGUGUAGUGUGAAAAGUAAUAUGUGCAUAAUCAAUAUAUUUUUAAAUUAUUUAUUUUUUUUCCUUUCCCAGGAAUGAUUGAAACAGCACAAGUAGAUGAACGUGCAAAAGGCAAUGGCCCCAGUCAGUCAGGAGCUGCAAGGAGAGGAGUGCAGAUUGUAGAUGAUGAACCACAGGCACAGAGCGUUGGAGGAUGCUGUUCUGGAUAAUUGUAUAAACUGUGUGCAGAUCCCCCUCCCCACCCGUCAGGAAGAUCGCCAUAUUUCAAGUCACAUAUUCUUUUACUAUUGGAGUAAUAGAAUUUAACAGUAUUUAAAGGGAAAAAAAAAAUCCUAUAACAAGGCAGAGACCAAGUGCUAUACUAGUGGAGUUUGUGACCAGAGAAUUGGCAUUUUCUACAGCUGUUAACAGAGCAAUUACCAAUGGCCUUUUUACAUAUUUUUUUUUUUUCUUUCAUGAAGAAUAAUAUGCAUGUAGAAAAGACCUACUUAAAGCUUCAUUUAUAUUCUUUUUAAAUCUGAUCCUUAUUUAAUAACUUAUGUAAAUUGUUAGAAAGGUAUGCAUUUUUCUGCAGUCCUUUUUUGUAUUUGGUGGAAAAUUUAAUUGGAUUUCCUCUAAAAUACAAAUUGUUUUUGUUUUAUUGGCAGAUGCCUGUCAUUCUGUUUUUUGCAGGGUUUUGCACAUGUCCUAACUGUCCACUCUGAUUCUACUUCGUCCAUUCUGUAAGCUGAUCUGGUAAAUGUGCACUGUACAUUAAAUAUUUUAUCUGCUUUUUCAUGUGCAGAAAUAUAUCCUAUAAUGUUGUAUGACUUCACAAUUUCAGCUUUUUUUUUUUUUUUUUUAUAUAUCUAGGAAGUUACACACAUACCCAUCGUUUUUGAAUAUUUCAGUCUCUUUUCUUCAGAAGCAAUCCUUCAGCAAUCUCGCACUUAGGCUAGUGACUCAUUUGACUCCCUAAACACUUUACUUUCCUAUAAAUUGCUCUGAAAAAAUAUACUUUUUUAUUUCAUAUAUUUUUUUAUUUUUUUUUAAACUUUACCCCAAACACCACUGCAGACAACAUCAAUUUGUAUUGUAAUUCUACAGAACUCUCUGGAAGUGCAAAAUAAGGCAUUGAACUGUACUGGUUCAUGAAGACACAUGCCAUCGCAAUUACUAACCCCAAUGUGUUUGUUGUAGAAUAAAUCAUUGUUGGUUGCUUAACAAUGGUAACAUCUACGUCUAGUUCCAAAAUGAAAGUUUAUCUUUAGAACGUAUGUGUAUCUUUAUUUCUCUCUGUUUCACGUGUUUUGUCCUUUUAGAAGUGGCCAAACUAUUUUGUUCUAUAUACACAUUUGUAUACAUAACAUUCAAUUAUUUGAUGCACUAAGAACAGUUAAUUUUUUUUUUUUUUUUAGGUGAUGGUAUUAACAUUGUGGUUUAUUUAGAAAAACUGUAUAUAUUUCUUGUCUGUGUGAAGGUUUUCCUGCAUUAUAUAUUUGAAGAUGAAACACAUAGGUGUGUCUUUUGUGGUCAAGUGGGAUUUAAAAGAAAUGUUUUAACUUUGGACAUUGCCAUUGUUGAGCGCCAGUAAAUAUGUCUGAUAUAUAGUUAAAAAUACCAGUGCUGUUAUGGUACCGAACAUUUGAUAAAUCAUGUUUAAAGUUAUGGUUUAACAGUGGGGUACAGAAAAAUCACAAUCUAAAGAUAUUUGGAAACCGUUAGUUUCCAGAGCCAUUACACCUGUAACUAACAAAGUUCUUGGACAAAGCACCACAGGCAAAAUAAAUUCAAUGAUUCUUAUGUUUUAAUUUUCUAAUAUUCAGUGAUCUUAUUUAGUGUACCAUAUAUGCUGAAUUUGGCUAACCUCAAAUGAAAAACCGAAUAGGCUGUGAUAUUAGUGCAAUAAUUACAAUUCUGUAAAUUGUUUAAUUUGGUUCUGGUGCACAUAAAUUAAUUUAGAUACAUAUCAAAGAAUGGUUAAAACUGAGGCAUACAUUAAAAAAGUUGCCAUAUUAUUCAUAUUUGUACUUUAUACCUUUUCAUUAUAGUUCAUAAAAAUAUUAUCAACUUACUAAUCAAUAUGUCAGACCAUGGACCCUGAGGUUUCAACAAACAAACAAAACAUACCAAACCUCUAUAUUUCCUGCCCCUCUCUUCCCCUUAAAAACAAAACAGGAAAUUGUGCAUUUUCAUUUUGCAUGUUUACUCUGUACGGCAUAUAAAUAUUAUUUGAAGCUACUGCAAGCCCUACAUAUCUUCCCCACACAGACUCUCCUCUGUGUGGCUGUCCAAUCACAGCUUCUGUCUUAUUAGUUGCCAUCACUGUUACGUCCGGAGGAGGCGAUAGGUGGUAGAGAGUAUGGUUUCCCGAGGGGGGAUAUAGUUAGGGUUAAAUUGCUCAAAUCAUUUACUCCAUAAGGUAAACUUGUGCCCAAGGACUCCUGCACCCAUAACUCCAUUUAGAUCGUGUUUGAGGGAUAGGAAUAUCAUUUUAAAGAGACAUGACCGGCAUCAUAGAGAUAUAUAAUUAAAAAUGUAAAGUGCUAUCCC